AUAACUUCCAUAACUUGUUUGCUGCGGACGGAAGUAAACACAAGUAACGACAUCCUGAACUAGUUCUCGGUUCUGGCUCUAAUUUCUGGCACUGGCAGGAUUGAAUAAAAACCAUGGCACAGUGCGCCAACAGUUCUGAAGGCACCAUGAGUGAAGGCUCGCUUAAACGGGAGGUUCGAGUUGUUGCGGCAAGGGCUGUCGAAAAUCACACGGCCUAUGUCAUUGAGAUCACUGUAGGCGACUGCAAGUGGACCAUACAGCGACGCUACAGCGAGUUCCACGACCUUCAUGAAAAACUGGUGGCUCUUAAGAAGGUAGAGAAGGCACAGCUGCCUCCCAAGAAGUAUCUGAGGAACCAGGCCAAGAGCUUUGUGGAGAAACGUCGUCAUGAGUUGGAGGUGUACCUACAAACUCUGCUGGAUGAGAGUAACUACUUGGUCACUCCGUUGCUGCACUUCUUGGAAUUUGAUAUUUAUGAUAUUUAUGGAGUAUCACAAGCCUUGGCUACUGAGCUUUUUGAGAAAGCAGAUGCCAUCGUAGCCUCUGAUGAUGUUUGUGAGAUGACACCAAUGCAGCUGUACGCUAUCACUGAGAGGAUGAAGCUAGCACUACCAACAUGUGCAGCUAAUGAUGUACGCAGUGAUAUUGGACACAUUAUGGACUUUAUUACCAGACUCAAACUUAUGAGGAUUGUUGGUUCUCGGAACAAGCUUGGUAGUAGCUCAAGGACAGUGGAUCAGUUGCCCUUUGACCUCUCAAGGUUCAACAACUUAGAAUACCUACAGGUUGAUGUAUGUACAGUGAGUUUAAUUGAGGGACUCAGUGAGCUGAAGAAGACGUUGCGAUACUUGGCUGUACAUCACACUGUCAAAUCAAUCAAGGAAAUUAUUUUGCCAGAGGGAGAUCACUGGACAAACCUAGAGGCAGCUGGGCCAAGCAAUGGUCCCCCAUCUCAUGUCCCCACAUGGAAAUUCAUCAGCAGAGCUGACUUCCGUUACAACAACUUGAAUGAAAUUGAUGAUAGCAUUAAAUUGCUACCGAGUUUGACCCGUCUUGACCUGAGCCACAACAACAUCACUGAAAUCAACAACCUGCAAUAUCUGUCCUACAUGACGCACUUAGACUUGUCACAUAACAACAUCAGCUCUCUGGAAGGAGUUCACGCCAGACUGGGUAACAUCACAUCACUUAGUCUUGCUGGGAAUGAGCUCACGAGUCUGAAGGGACUGGGUAAACUCUACUCUCUGGUCCAAUUGGAUGUCAGCAAGAACUGCAUUGAACACGUCCUGGAGGUGAAUUACAUCAGUAAUCUCCCUUGUAUCGAGUCCCUUAACCUCAAAGACAACCCCAUCACCAGCAUCAUGGACUACCGUACUAAGGUACUGGACCUGUUCCAGGACCAGUACGUUGAGAUGACUCUGGAUGGAAUUAAGACAUCUCAGAAGGAGAUCGAUAAAGUGGCAAUACUCAAGGCCAUACAGAAAGCCAAGGAUGGCAAGACAAAGAAGCUCGGCAUGAGGAAGGACUCUCCAAUGAGAAAGAGACACAACUUGGCCGUGAAUCAAGCUGAUAUUGCUGAUCCUACUCAAAGGAAAUCCUCAUUGUCUACCAAGUCAGUAUGCUCAAUGAAUAGUCAGUACAGUCUCACAGUACCUGGUGAUGAAGCAUCAG